AUGGUCGCCUACAGUCCUUACCUUGCCGCAACGGCAUCCCUUUCUUCUGUGUAUCCCGCAGUUACACCUGCCGAGUUUCGCGCCCCGUCCGCUUGUAAUGUUGUGACUGCUACAGUCACAGAAUACGCCACCGCAAGGCCCACCACCAAUCCUCAUGGACACGGCGGACCUUACUACAAUCCUUACAACGAUGAGCCUCUUCCAUUUGUUUGGCCGGGAACGCCCUCUCACGGUGAACUCUACCCUCCUCCUCGGCCUUCUGCUCCUUUCCCAUACGGUGGCCCAGCGAAAGACUCGUACGAUGGGCCAUGCUGGAUCCCCAAGGGUACUGACAAGCUCAUCCCUGCUCUGCCAAAUGUUGAGCAAUGCGGAAACUCUCAGUGGGGUUCGAUCGAUACCCCCCAUCUCCCAAUCAAUGGCCUCCCCGGUGGUCACUCAAAUGGCUCGUAUUCAUUCCCUACCAAGUCCAUUGUAAACCCUCCGUACCCUACUGCGGGAGGUCAUGGUCACGGUCACGGACAUGGAAGUCAUGGACAUGGAGGUCAUGGGCACGUUUCCUCUAACGCGACCAACACCUACACCGGUGGACCCACUGCUGGACCCACCGGUGGACCUACCACCACCCCUGUGGCAGAUCCUCUUUGUCCCACCAUGCCUGACACUGGAGUGACGAGAACUUAUGAUCUCCAUGUGGCCUACCAGACCAUCGCACCGGAUGGUGUGACCAGGAAUGGAUUGACUGUCAACGGUCAAUUUCCAGGACCGCUUAUCGAAGCCAACUGGGGUGAUUGGAUUCUGUGGAGAGUUACCAACGAUCUUACCGACGAAGGCACUACGCUACACCCGCACGGUCUUUUGCAGACGACAACCAGUUGGUAUGAUGGUGUCCCGGCAGUAGCCCAAUGCCCUGUUGUGCCCAACGGUGGCUACCAGGAGAUGCUGUUCCGCGCUGACCGUUACGGAACAUCGUGGUAUCACAGCCACUACAGCGCUCAGUACUCUGGUGGUGCGCAUGGCCCGAUGGUCAUCUAUGGCCCCAAGCACGAGGAAUACGACAUUGACAUUGGUCCCAUCGUCCUUGAGGAUUGGUUCCAUGCUGAUUACUACUCCUUGGUUGAAGGCACCAUGGCUGGAAGAUUCCCUCCGUCAAACAACAAUCUGAUCAAUGGACGCAUGAACUAUCCGUGUGCCAACACAACUCUGCCUUGCACACCCAACGCUGGUGUUGCCAAGUUCAAGUUCCAGUCUGGCAAGAAGCAUCUACUCCGUCUCAUCAACACGGGUGCCGAAGGAAACCAGAAGUUCAGCAUCGAUGGACACGUCAUGAAGGUCAUUGCAGUUGACUUCAUCCCGAUUGAACCGUACACCACCAACGUCGUUACCCUUGCCGUCGGUCAGCGAUCUGAUGUCAUUAUCGAGGCAACCGGAAACCCCAAUGACACUUUCUGGAUGCGCUCUCAGCUCGCUCAAGGAUUCCGCUGCACACUUACCGACGGUAUCUCGCCCAACGCCCUUGCAGCUGUCUACUACGAGGACGCCGAUACGGAUGCUAUUCCGCAGUCCACCUCAGAUGUCACCCAAGCACAGCUCGAGCAGUGCAAGAACGACCCGAUCGAUCUCGGUAUCCCUCUAUGCAAGAUUCCUCUAGGAGAGCCCGACCACGUCGAGCGUGUCGACUUCGAGUUCCGCUCCAACGGCACAAACUUCAUCUGGUAUCUCAACAACAGCACUUACCGCGGUAACUUCAACGAUCCCACCCUCAUCAAGGCAUUCAACGGCGAGACCAACUUCCCAGCCGAGUCAAACGUGUACCAGUUCCCCGGCGCCGAGCACGUCCGCAUCCACCUCGUCAACCACGGCAUGAUCGGCGGCCACCCAAUGCAUCUCCACGGCCACGACUUCCACGUCCUCGCCGAGGGCUACGGCGAGUGGGACGGCACCGUCACCAACCCCGAGAACACACUCCGCCGCGACGUCCACCAGAUGCAGAACGCACGCAACGUCAGCGGCGUCGUCGAGCCCUCCUACAUGGUCCUGCAAUUCGUGCAAGACAACCCGGGUGCCUGGCCUCUGCACUGCCAUCUCGCAUGGCACGUUAGCGGUGGUUUGUUCAUGCAGAUCCUCGAGAGGCCCGAUGAUAUCCGCCAGCAGGAUUUCGACGAGGAUGUGUUUAGGCUCUGUGAUGAGUGGGAUGUCUACAGCGCGUCGACUACGCUCAACCAGAUCGACUCGGGAUUGUAA